UGCAGCUCGACUACUUUGGAGUUGUCACUGUUUGCUUGGGUUAGUCCCUGGUUCCCAGAGCAAGCUCAUGACUGGUCUUGCGUUUCCCAGUUAGCUUCAGUUGUUGCUGUUUCUCAGGAUUGGCCGAACGCUGUCAGGUGUCAGUCUCCAGGGUGCGCAUGCCCAGUGGCUACCAGCAGCAGCACCACCAGCAAUGACCCAGGCUGAAAAGGGAGAACUGGAGAAUGGGAAGGAGAAGGAACGUGAAAGAGAGCAGCGUGGGGUGAAGCGGCCCAUAGUUCCAGCCGCCAUUCCUGAGCCCUUACAAGAGCAUGUGCAGAGUGAUUAUAUUUUGGUGAUACAUCCUGGAUCAUGCAACCUGCGCAUUGGCAGAGCCACAGACACGCACCCUGCCGGCAUUCCUCAUGUGAUUGCGAGGCGGCACAAGCAGCCGGGACAACCAGUCUACAGAGACAAGUGGCUUCUCAGAGAUGGCUUAAAUAGACCUGAGAGCAACGAGCAAAGACAAAAUGGCCUCAAAAUGGUGGAUCAGGCGAUCUGGUCCAAAAAGAUGUCUAACGGAACCAGGCGAAUCCCUGUGUUACCAGAACAGACACGAGCAUAUAAUAAACAAAUGCGACCUGCAAUCUUGGAUCACAAUUCUGGUGUAAAAUGGACAAACACUUCACACUGUCCAGAAUAUCUUGUAGGAGAAGAGGCACUGAAUGUAAAUCCCACCGACUGCUAUAGUAUUCAUUAUCCUAUCAGAAGAGGGCAGCUGAAUCUUCACUCGGGUCCUGGGGGCACUCUUACUGCCGUGUUGACUGAUCUGGAAACCAUAUGGUCACAUGUUAUACAGAAAAUAUUAGAAAUAUCUCUGAAAGAUUUGAAGUAUUACAGGUGCAUAUUAAUGAUCCCGGAUAUUUAUAAUCGACAGAACAUUAAGGAAAUUGUUAAUAUGAUCUUAAUGAAAAUGGGUUUUUCAGGUAUUAUCGUACAUCAGGAAUCUGUCUGUGCUGCUUACGGAAGUGGCCUGAGCAGUGCAUGUGUUGUUGAUAUUGGCGAUCAGAAGACAAGUGUGUGCUGUGUAGAGGAUGGAAUUUCUCAACGAAACACCAGGUUGUGUUUGGCAUAUGGUGGCUCAGAUGUCACUCGGUGUCUUUUCUGGCUUAUGCAGAGAGCGGGGUUUCCAUACAGAGAGUGCCAGCUAUCUAAUAAACUGGAUUGUCUUCUUCUGCAGCAUCUUAAAGAGACUUAUGCGCAUCUUGACCAGGACAUUUGUGGACUGAAGGAUCAUGAGUUUCAAGUGCGACAUCCUGAUUCCCCAGCACUGCUUUAUCAACUGCGAUUAGGAGAUGAAAAGCUCCAGGCUCCGAUGGCUCUGUUUUAUCCGGCUACAUUCGGCAUUGCUGGCCAGAAAAUGACCAGCUUGCAACAUAGAUCUCACGGAGACCCAGAAGAUCCACACGAUGAGCAUUACUUGCUUUCAACACAGAGCAAACAAGACCAGUCCAUCAAAGCUGCUGACCGGAAGGCCCUGCCGAAGCCUGGUAUGUAUGAAGAUUCUAGAGGACAGUGCAUGGACAGCUCAGACAGGGCCCAUAUGCAGGACGCAGAGCUUGGAUCAUCUCAGAAUGACAGCAUGGUAUCUGGUAAUGAUUCUGAAGAACCUCCCACUGCGCUGUUUAGCAGGAAAACCGCAAUCUCUCAGUUUGAAGGGAAAGCGCUUGGUUUGGAUAAAGCCGUACUACACAGUAUUGACUGCUGUGCUUCCGAUGAUACCAAAAAGAAGAUGUACAGUUCUAUUCUAGUGGUCGGCGGGGGUUUAAUGUUCCAUAAGGCGCAGCAAUUUCUGCAGCAUCGGAUACUUAACAAGAUGCCUCCUUCUUUUAGAAGAAUAGUUGAAAAUGUUGAAGUUAUCACAAGGCCUAAGGAUAUGGAUCCUCGAGUAAUUGUAUGGAAAGGAGGCGCAAUUCUAUCGUGUCUUGACACCACCCAAGAAUUAUGGAUUUACCAACGAGAAUGGCAGAGAUUUGGAGUCCGCAUGUUGCGUGAGAGAGCUGCAUUUGUAUGGUAGCAAAACUGCAUUGUCAGAACAGACUGAACCAUCUCAAUGAAAGAGGAUCAUUGGCUUUAUAAAACCAUUUCAAGGAACGCAAAACCGUAUUAUUUGCGUUUUAAUAUUGACACACAAAAAAAAGUCAGCCUGUGCAGCGCCAGUAAAAAAAACAAAAUGAAAAUUUUAGCUGUGAAUGAAGUUAAAAAAGUAAGGAAAAAAAAUACAUAUAAUAUUUGCACUCAGUUAAUACAUAUAAUAAAUGUGCUUUCUUUUUUAAGACACGAUGAGUCUACGGAUCAUCUCAAUUACUAAUGGGAUAUUCACCUCCUGGUCAACAGGAGGCGGCAAAGAGCAACACAGCAGAGCUGUUUUAAAUAGCUCCUCCCUUCCCUCCCACCCCAGUCAUUCUCUUUGCCUGCGUUAGUGAUAGGAAGUGGCAAAGUGAGGUGUUAGGAUUAGAUUCUUCAAUCAAGAGUUUAUUAUUUUAAAGUAGUGCAAGAUUGUGCUGCUUUGUUCUAGGGUGUAGCCGUAGUCCAUAUCAGUCUCUACAGUAGAGCUAUGGGAACUUGGACAUAAUUCUCACUGCGCCUCCCAUAUAUUUGCUGCCCUGUAUGCCUUAGUCUGAGAUAAAGAAUUACUCAGCAUACCUUUUUUUCAACAGGUCAAUAUGAGGGAGCAGACCUCUUAAACCUGUGAUCUGUCUAGCUGUCAGGCAGAUGUUAAGGUAAGUGCUGCUUAUUUAUUUCUGGGGGGACCCAGGAAAGUCCUAGCACUUCAUUUCCCAAAGACUGACAUAUUUAUUAACUCUCCUAGUUCAGGAGAAAUAAUAUGACGGCAUAGGUGCAGGUACAGGGACUGGGGACAGACCUUUGCAAUUAAGCAACAUUUGCUCUGAUGGUUAUUUAUUACUUAAUUUAUUUUUAUCAUUCUUUUAAAGGGAUACUGAACCCAUUUUCUCCAACAUAGGUGUGUCCGGUCCACGGCGUCAUCCUUACUUGUGGGAUAUUC